AUGAUCUUUUCGGAAGGUCUCGAGUACUCCAUCGAUUUUAGCAGGAAAAUCGGGACCGGUGCAUAUGGAAAUGUGCAUCCGGGAAGGACUCAGUCAGGGCGAAGAGUUGCUGUCAAACAUGCCAGGGACGACAAGGAAGUUCGUGCUGCUCAAAAAGAGGUCGAGUUCUAUCGUCGGUGUGCUGGUGCCCCGAACAUUGUGAAGUACAUAGGCAGUCGACACAAAAUGGCAACGGCACACUCCCCUGAACGCUUUUCAUUUGCUAUGGAACGUGCAUUGUAUUCUCUUGAUAGUUUGCUGAAGAAGGUUAGAAAUUUUGCCCGAGGCACUAAGAAGUCAGUAAUCUGGAUCUCCUAUGUGACUCAGGUCUCUGCUCUAACGACAUUGAAAGAGCGUGGCAUAGCUCAUCGUGAUAUCAAGCAUCUUAAUAUUUUGGUAUUCCCUGGGUCAACAAAAGGAAGAAGGUCACAAUAUUUAUUCAAGUUCUGUGAUAUGGGUUGUCCCGAAUUAGCAGCUGCCUAUGCUCAGCGACGAACCAGGACGAAUGAUAACUAUACGAGAGAGCAGUGUGACUUAUGGUCGUUUGGAUGCACGCUGUAUUUCGUUGCAACAGGAACAUUCCCCUUCCCUAUGGAUGCUAAGGACACUAUUGUAUACGCUCGAGCUGUAGCAGAAGGCAUCCGCCCAGAGGGAGCUAUAUCAGCCGAAAGAGUAUGCGGAGAGAGCAACCGAUACAUGUACAAAUACGGAUACAAACUUGAGAAUCCCAUCUAUCCAAAGUGGUUCUGUCAUUGUUUAACCAAGAUGAUAGCAAUGUUGUUCAACCCUGAUCGGUCGUUGGAAGCGCUAAGUGGAAUGGUGAACUCACUGAAAAAAUCCGUAGAGACGAGAUUCUUUAUCAUAGAAUCCAUGCGACAAUAUCCGACAUUGAAGCAAGAGCUCGACCUGAAACCAGGCGUGGAAUACCGUUUGAUCUAUGAAGACCAGUUGGUAGUCUUCACUAACCAGCUGUCUCGAAGGAAAUUCUAG